AUGAAGAAAAUACGGUUCUUUUGUGAAGGAAGCCAGUUUAAUCAAAUACUAUGUGCAUUUUUGAUUUCUGUACCAAUGUUCUGUUAUGGAAACUCUAUUGGCUGGAUGUCGCCUAUGACCCUUCUACUGCAAUCAGAUAAAUCACCCAAAGGUGUGCCUUUGACAGAUCUUGAGAUUUCUUGGAUGGCAUCAUUACCUUACUUAGUAUGCGUCCCUGGGACAUAUUUAAUGGCAGCAAUUGGAGACCGCUACGGAAGAAAAUUAGCUCUUCUCAUAAUGUCUGGAAUAUCAGUAGCUAUAUGGGUUUUGAAGUUAAGUUCUAUGAAUAUAUGGGUUUUCAUCACAGCGAGGAUCUUAGCUGGCGUUAUAAUGGCUGGUAGCUGCGUGACCUGUCCCACCUACAUUAAAGAGAUCAGCGAAGAUAACAUCAGAGGUGCCCUUGGAUGCUGGGGUGCGCUGUUUUUCACAACUGGAAGUUUAUUUGCCUACAUAAUAUGUGACGUCUGCAGUUACAAUGUGACGUUAAUAAUAUUUACAAUCAUACCCGCCGUUCAUUUUGUGAUAUUCCUGACGAUGCCAGAAUCGCCUUCGUAUCUUAUAAAGAGGGGAAGAGACGAAGAAGCAUCAAAAUGUUUGGAAUGGUUGAGAUGCAGAAGUGCAUUUGAUCCAACAAUUAAAAGUGAAAUUGAUUACGUGAAAAAAGAACAAAAGAACGAUGAGGGUCGAGAACAAUUUUUAUUAAGAAACAUUCUUUCAGACAAGAUUCUCCGAAGAGCAUUUCAAAUAUCCUUAGUAGCUGCUUUAUCAAGAGAGCUUUGUGGAGCUGUUCCAGUUUUGAAUUUCGCUGCGGAUAUCUUUCAUUUAGCCUCCGAAGAAACUGGGCUGAAACUCAGCGCCAACCAACAGGCUAUGGUACUUGGUACGGUCCAGUUGUGUGGAGCUACUUUAGCUUCUGGUAUCGUCGAGAGAUGUGGCCGUCGACCUCUCCUCUUCGUUAGUUCAGCGAUAUCUGGUCUAAGCAUGUGUCUAUUAGCUACCUGGUUCCUGUUACAAUACCUCCACCCUCCAGCGUGGAUACCUGUGAUAACUCUGUGCUUGUGCAUAUUCUGUGAUGCUGCUGGGCUGAUGCCUAUAGCUGUUGUUAUAGCCAGUGAGACCUUCUCUUUUAAGUAUCGAGGCACUGUAUUAGCAACAACCAUGGCAAUAGCGUCAGUAGCAGAUUUUAUACAGCUUCUAUUCUUCAAGCCAUUAGUAAGAGCGAUCGGGAUACAUGUGUCAUUCUACUUUUUUGGCAUGAUGUGUCUACUGACGGCAGUCUACGUUAUAAUAAUGGUACCAGAAACUAGGAACAGAAAAUUAGAAGAGAUCUAUUACGACUUGAAGACUAAGAAAGAGAAAAAAGAAUUGGAGAAUAGAAAUACAAUUUAA